AUGUCUAAUACUCCUACUGGUUCAGAUGAACGUUUUGCUAUCCGUCAAGUGACUAGUGAAAAUACUUUAUUAGGCUUCGAUCGAAAGAAUCGACGUCGAGAGAGUGUUACAAGCAAUGAUCAUUUAGAUCCUGAUUUUUAUUUAAAUCGACCUCAUUAUGCUGAUGAAGAAAAGGCUCAUGGUUUUACUUCUCCUAUGUUAUCACCUCAACCAUUACCUUUAUCUUAUUCCAUGGAUACUCGUAUGGUACAAAAACCUAUUGUUGGUAACUUUGGUGUUCUUGCAUUAUGGUCUUUUGCCACGGUCACUGCCUUAUUGGGUACAUAUGAUUUAUUCCUUCCAACUACACCUAAUCAUGUCCUUCUACCUACAGCUGUGAUGUUUGGUGGACUUGCGCAAGUAAUCAGUGGUUUCUUUGUACUUGCUAGUGGUAAUACAUUCGGUGGUAUUCUCUUUGUGUCUUAUGGUACCUUUUGGACAGGAUCAGGCUUGAUGAUGAUCCCUGCCAUUGCCUCUACAAUGGAAGUCCUCACUAAAGAUCAAGCUGAUAUUGGUAAUGGUAUCUAUCAUUUCGUCUGGGCAUUUUAUACCCUCAUCAAUAUCUCAGUGUCCUUGCGUAUCAAAGGCGGCAACUUUAUGUCUACUUGGAAUUUGGUGUUUGUGUUCCUUACUCUCUUUUUGACUGGCAUCCAAUGUGUCACUGGUAAUCUCAUUCCUUUACGUAUCGCUGGUGUCACCGCCUACUUGGCCGCCCUUGGUGCUUGGUAUACCGGUGUUGCUGAACUUUUUGAAGAACAGGGUGAAACAUUUUGGUUGGGCAAGUAUCAUCAUCGUGCUAUGAAGCACAAGUAA